AGAUAUUUCGUCUCUUUCUUUCUGCUGCUCAAGAUGCCGAAAGGAAAGAAGGCCAAGGGGAAGAAGGUGGCUCCGGCCCCUGCUGUCGUGAAGAAGCAGGAGGCUAAGAAAGUGGUAAAUCCCCUGUUUGAAAAACGGCCUAAAAAUUUUGGUAUUGGACAGGACAUCCAGCCCAAAAGAGACCUCACCCGCUUUGUCAAAUGGCCCCGCUAUAUCAGGUUGCAGCGGCAGAGAGCCAUCCUCUACAAGCGGCUGAAAGUGCCUCCUGCAAUUAACCAGUUCACCCAGGCCCUGGACCGCCAAACAGCUACUCAACUGCUUAAGCUGGCCCACAAGUAUAGACCAGAGACAAAGCAAGAGAAGAAGCAGAGGCUGUUGGCCCGGGCCGAGAAGAAAGCGGCUGGCAAAGGGGACGUCCCCACUAAGAGACCACCUGUCCUUCGAGCAGGAGUCAACACAAUCACCACCUUGGUGGAGAACAAGAAAGCUCAGCUGGUGGUGAUUGCACACGACGUGGAUCCCAUUGAGCUGGUCGUCUUCUUGCCUGCGUGUUGAAAAAUGGGAGUCCCUUACUGCAUUAUCAAGGGGAAGGCAAGACUGGGACGUCUAGUCCACAGGAAGACCUGCACUACUGUCGCCUUCACACAGGUUAACGCGGAAGACAAAGGUGCCUUGGCUAAGCUGCUGGAAGCCAUCCGCACCAAUUACAAUGACAGAUACGAUGAGAUCCGCCGUCACUGGGGAGGCAAUGUCCUGGGUCCCAAGUCUGUGGCUCGCAUUGCAAAGCUAGAGAAGGCAAAAGCUAAAGAGCUUGCCACGAAACUGGGUUAAAUUUACACUGUAAAUAAAAAUAAAACAAUGAAAAUUAAAAAAAAAAAA